AUGCCUCGAUUGCAACAACUCGAGUUAAACGUUACUUCCGGAGGAAGCUCCAACCUACUCGACGGUCAACAAUGGGAAAAGUUUAUCAUCGAGCACUUACCAUUACUCUCGAUUUGUAAUUUCAAGUUUAAAAUACUCAAUAUUGAUCACCAUAAAUAUGACGCACAUGAUAUUCUCGUUCAUUUUCGUUCAAAUUUUUGGUUAGAUACCAAUCGUCCAUGGUAUGUAGCGUUUGAUUCUAUAAAUCUUAUUCUUUAUACAAUACCUUACUUUGCUUCUCAAAUAAUCAAAUAUCCUCAUAAUGAUCGUGAUGUUUUCCAUCCGUCGACAUUGCCGAAUGAGAAACAAACAGUUCUAUAUGAUCGAAUCGACGAAAUCGAACUUGGCCCAGAUUGUAAAUUACUUUCUCGGUAUCGUUAUGUCAAGAAACUUACAUUAUAUAUUUCAAACCUUGAUACAACCACUUUCGAUGUUUCGCGUGUUGAAUAUUUAUGUAUUAAAACAGCUACGUGGUCAUUAAAAAAGCUAUUCGAUGUAAUCAAACGAUCGAUGACCAAUCUUCAUCAUCUCAAUAUCGAUUGUAAUUUAUCAUGGACAAAAAUGACGAACACUGAUCACCUACAACAAAUCUGCGUAUUAAACCUUUCACAGUUCAAUACUUCACCAGGAAAUGACCAAAUUGAAUUAGGUUAUCUUUUCCCAUACGUUGAACGUCUAACAAUUACAAUUGAUGAUUGCCAGCAGAUGAUUCGCUUUAUCGAUCAAAUGAAAUGUUUAUCGUACGGUUCAUUUCGUGUCAUCAAUAUGGAGCCAAGUCUGGUCGAUUCAUUACGUCAGUGGAUCAUUGACCGUUCAUCUCGAUUGAAGAUCAACGAGAAUUUCACAUUGAAAAUCAAUCCUGAUCAACAAUGUUGGAUUCAUAUUUGGAUGGUUGGCGAUUAUAAACCAUUGACUGAGGUCGAUAUGCAAGCGAAAGAAAAACCUCUUCUACGUUUCAUUUGUUCUCGAUAUUGCUGUUUAUUGUAG